AUGAGGGGUGUGGAUAUUUUAACUGGCUCCUCCUUCUCUCCUAGGAGCCCAUUGAAACCCAGGCUUUCAGCCCAGCCUGACCCUGUGGUGACCUCAGGAGGGUAUGUCACCCUCAAAUGUGAGUCCUCCGAGCGAUAUCACAGGUUCACUACUGUGGAAGGACCACAGAUGUUCUACCAUGGCAGGACUCAAAGUAUAACUACUCUACUGGGGAAGUUCCAGGCCCUGUUCCCUGUGGGUCCUUUGACCCCAAACCAGAGAUGGAUAUUCAGAUGCCACAGCUUGAACAAACACACCACAAGUAAAGUCAGAUCCCCUAGUGAACCACUGGAGCUCCUGGUGUCAGGGAAACUCCAAAAACCAACCAUCAAGGCUGAACCAGGCUCUGUGAUCCGCUCUGGAAGGGCCAUGACCAUCUGGUGUCAGGGGGACCUGGAUGCAGAAAUAUAUUUUCUGCAUAAGGAGGGAAGCCACAAUACACAGAGGACACAGACCCUACAACAACCUGGGAACAAGGCCAAGUUCUUCAUCCCUUCUGUGACACAAGGCCAUGCAGGGCAAUAUCGCUGUUACUGUUACAGCUCAGCUGGUUGGUCAGAGCCCAGUGACACCCUAGAGCUGGUGGUGACAGGAAUCCACUACUAUGCAGUCAGGCUGUCAGGACUGCCCAGCCCUGUGGUGCCAGAGGGAGGGAACGUGACACUCCACUGUACCUCACACAACAGAUAUGAUAAAUUCAUUCUCACCAAGGAAGAUCAGAAGUUCACCAGCUCACUAGACACAGGGUAUAUAUCUUCUACUGGACAAUACCAAGCAAUGUUUGUUAUAGGACCCAUGACCCCAAACUACUCAGGGACAUUCAGAUGUUAUGGUUACUACAAGCGUAAACCACAGUUGUGGUCAGUACCCAGUGAGCUCCUAAAAAUACUCAUCUCAGGACCAUCGAGGAAGCCAUCUCUGCUAAGUCAUCAAGGCCAUAUACUGGACCCUGGAAUGAGCUUCACACUGCAGUGUUACUCUGACACCAAGUAUGACAAAUUUGCUCUGUACAAAGAAGGGGGAGCUGACAUCAUACAGUCCUCUAGACAGUGGACCAAUGCUGGCCUCUCCAUGGCCAACUUCACACUGGGAUAUGUAAACCACUCCACUGGAGGCCAAUAUAGAUGCUAUGGUGCACACAACCUCUCCUCUGAGUUGUCAGCCUCCAGUGACCCCCUGGACAUCCUGAUCACAGGACAGAUUUAUGACACACCUUCCCUCUCAGUGAAGCCUAACUCCACAGUACACUCAGGAGAGAAUGUGACCCUGAUGUGCUGGUCAAUGUACCCUGUGGACACUUUCAUUCUGUCCAAGGAGGGAUCAGGCCAGCCACCCCUUCGACAAAAGUCAAAGUUCCAAGAUCAACAGUACCAGUCAGAAUUCUCCAUGAGUUCUGUGACAUCCAAGCUCUCAGGCACCUACAGGUGCUAUGGCUCUCACGACUCAUCUCUCUACCUGUUGUCAUUUGCCAGUGCCCCUGUGGAGCUCAUAGUCUCAGGUACCAUCGAAGCCUCCAGCUGGCCAACUAAAAGGUUCAUCACAACAGCCACCCCAGAGAACCGGGAUCACACAAUGGAGAAUCUCAUCAGGAUGGGGAUGGCUGUCCUGGUCCUCAUAGUCCUUUCGACUCUAGCUGCUGAGGCCUGGCAAAGUCAUAGACAGACCCACCACGCAGCUGGCAAAUAAUCUAAAGAGAAAGGACACCUUUCAAUGUUCUACACUCUGAGAAAUGAAUCUGAUGAUCCAAAAUUUUCUGUCAGAAAAAUGUGCUGUGAUAGAAGUCCA